GGUGGCUGCACCUGUGGAGCCGUAGACCAGAUGGCUAGGAAUAAGGAAGUCGAGAAACUUCAUCAGUUUCUGAUGGGUCUGGACUCCGAAAUUUUUGCAACGGUAAGAUCGCAAAUCCUGAAUAUGGAUCCUCUGCCUACACUGAACAGAGCCUUUGCGCAAGUUGCCGAUGAGGAGUUGCGCUGGUCGAUGACACAAGGAGGAAGAAGUGAACAACUGGAGUCUGCGGCAUAUUAUGCAGGAGACGGGCGGCAAGGGAGAGGACCUAGGGUUCUUUGCGACUACUGUGGAAAGACGGGUCAUAAAAGAUCGGAUUGUUGGAAGCUUCAUGGAUACCCUGCCGAUCGUGAUUUCAAAGGAAAAGGAAGAGGCUGGAUCAAACAAGGGAAUUCAACGAAGCAAUAUUAUGGGCAGAAAGCAGAUGGCAACAAAAGUCAAAAGGCAUAUUUUUCUCCAGCCGAGACAGUUCAAGGGCAGACUCCAGGUAAGGCAGCUGGCAACCAUGCUGUCACACAUGCAACAGGAAGAAACAUUACCAUCACAGGGAUUUCGGAGGACCAACUAAGUCAGCUGGCCACGAUUUUUGGUGAACGUGCAGCUAUGUCGGAGCAAUUAGCCGGACCGAGCCACGAGGAGAGUGAUUGGAUCGGGUGAGCUAUGGAGGGGGGUAUAUUGGCUCAAGCAGAAGCAACCUACAUUAGCUCACAUGGCCGUAAAGAAGACAGGUCAUCUCUUGUGGCAUAAGCGCUUGGGUCACCCGUCUAGUAAAGUCUUGCACUCUAUUCCCGGUGUUUCAAUAAAAACGGAUGAAAAGUUUGUUUGUGAUGCUUGUGCCCAUGCAAAGCUUUCACGUAAUCCAUUUCCUGAAAGCUUGAACAAUGCUAAAGCAUGUUUUGAUUUAAUUCAUGGAGAUGUUUGGGGCCCUUACCGUGUAGCCUCUA